GGCAGGUGGGCAGGGCAUGGAGCUGGGUGAGGGCACGGAGCUGGAUGGGGGCACAGAGGUGGGCGUGACUACGGCUACAGCUCACCACUGGCAACCCCGUCCCGCAGGCGCAGUGCAGAUGCUGUCCACCACAUGCAUCGGCUGCCUGAAGAUUUUCGUCCCCUGCUGCCUGUACCAGCACAAAGUCCGGCUCGCCUACCCACCCAACUUCAUCAUGACCAUGCUCUUCGUGGGCCUCAUGAGGUUCGCCACCGUGGUGUUGGGCCUGGUCAGCCUGAAGAAUGUGGCCGUGUCGUUUGCCGAGACGGUGAAGAGCUCCGCCCCCAUCUUCACGGUGAUCAUGUCCCGGAUGAUCCUGGGGGAGUACACGGGGUUGCUGGUCAACCUCUCCCUCAUCCCUGUCAUGGGGGGCCUGGCACUGUGCACAGCCACCGAGAUGAGCUUCAACAUCCUGGGGUUCUCAGCCGCGCUGUCCACCAACAUCAUGGACUGCUUACAGAAUGUUUUUUCCAAAAAGCUCCUCAGUGGGGAUAAGUACAGGUUCUCGGCGGCCGAGUUGCAGUUCUACACCAGCGCCGCUGCCGUGGCCAUGCUGGUCCCCGCCUGGGUCUUCUUCAUGGACCUGCCGGUGGUCGGGAGGAGCGGGAGGAGCUUCAGCUACACGCAGGACGUGGUGCUGCUGCUCCUGAUGGACGGCGUCCUGUUCCACCUGCAGAGCGUCACGGCCUACGCCCUCAUGGGCAGGAUCUCCCCCGUGACCUUCAGUGUCGCCAGCACCGUGAAGCAUGCCCUGUCCAUCUGGCUCAGUAUUAUCAUUUUCGGCAACAAAAUCACCAGCCUGUCGGCCAUGGGCACCGUCCUGGUGAUGGCGGGCGUCCUGCUCUACAACAAGGCCAGGCAGCACCAGCGGGAGGCCAUGCAGAGCCUGGCCUCAGCCAGCUGCACGCCGGAGGAUGGCACGGAGCCACUGGUGCCCAAAGAUCCCAGGCCGCACCACUGAGCGCCAGGGCCUUGGCCCGCACCAGGGCCUCAAGGCACACAUGGCUGCCCGCCUGCCUAUGUGGUCCCCUGCCCUCGCUGCCUAACCCCCCUGGUCAGCUGGGGUAGGAAAGUGCAUGUGUGGCCAUUCUCGCCCCUUUCUGGGGUUUCAGUCAAAACCAGCGGGAAUGUGAAUGGGGACCCCCGACAUUGGCUCCCUGGGGGCUGACCAGGUCCAGCUGCCACUGAGUCAUCGCCAGGGGAUGUGAAACUGCCUCCCGCGGCCCCCGUGCCAGACGCAGAGGCCCAGGACCCGCCGGCCUCUGCACGGCCCUUGCUGGGCACGCAGGUCACACUGCAGUAGGCCCGGCCCUGAUUCCUCUGUGGGCGACACCCCACAGAGGGGGUAACUGUGAAGCCAGAGCUGGGUCCCGGUGCCACUGUGAGCAUUCCCUGCUUGGUGCUGAUGGAGAGAUCUCACAGCCCAUGCCAGCCAGCCUUCGAGGCUCCUCCUUCACGCCUUUGACCAGCCGUUACUGAGCCCUGGGGCUUGUCAGAAGCCGCCCUCCUGGGUGAGCGGGCCUGCAGGGACUGGGCUCCCUGAGAAAGGGAGCGUGAGGCCGCCUUACGGUCGCGUCUCCCUCCUGCUGUCCAGGCCCCUGGCUUCCCGAUGGCUUCUCAUUGGAAAUGUGAACAGAGCCUCUUGGGGAGACCAGGCCUCUUGGAAACAAAGAGCAAUAAUCACGUCUCAUGAAGUCCUGCCGACUUGAAAAUGUUUGCCAUGUGGUGAAGUCAACAAGGCCUUUUAAACUACACAGCCUUUCCACAGAGCUGACCCGUGUCCGCAGGACAGACAGGUGUGGCCGCCGGCUUGGCACGCUCUCCCUCACUGGACGCUUCUGCGACCUCCCCAGGAUUCUGUCCUCUCUCCUCUUCUGCUUCCCUGAAAACCUCGGCUAAGGAGGACCCCCUGCCCGUGGCCGGGGAGAGAUGUCGAGUUGAUCUGUGAGGACCAGCGUGAGAGCACUGCUGCCCCGGCCCCGGCCCCUGACGGUGGGACGUGAACAGAGAAGGGCCACCUGUGGCCGCCCGGGCAGGAUGGUCGCCUGGGCCUUCCCGCAGACUCUAUCAUCCGUAGUCGGAGCCAUGGCCGCAGUCUCCGCGUCUUGUCAGGGUUCCGGUCCCGAGGCCCAUGAUGUGCCCCACCCUCCACUCUCUCCAGUGGCUUCAGCCGGUUUUGAUUUUCUGAAUUUUGGACGACAAGAUGAAGAUUACUAGUCAAUGAGGCAACUUCCUGCAAAGCUGCUUUGGAGACUUCUGGUGGGGGCUGUGGCUGGCAGAGCCCUUGCUCAGGGCUGACACUCCGCCCGUUAGUCUCAUCUCCACCUCUAAGUCUCCGUUCCGGGGCGUUGCCAGGAGUCACAGCCACAGCCUCGCUCGGCCUUUUGUUUAAGGACUGUGCAGACAUGAUGCGUCUUUAACGAACUGUCUCGUUUUUAUAGUAUGUCCUCCUCGCUGAACAGUGCACCAGCUAUGACUGGGAGUCGUCAUCCAUUGGUCACGCCUGUGUCUGUGGUUGUCUGUGCCUUUGUAAACACACACUGGAACCAGUGAUACCGAGACGCAUCCAGAUCUCUGGCUUUCAAAACGCCCGCUACUGAACGGCAUAGAAAGCCUCUUGUUUUCAGUUCCAGUGUCAUCACUUCUGCAUAGCAGUGUGAGAGUCGUCUGCCUUAGAAAGCUGAGGACAUCCUUGCACAACCCAAAAUGUGUCUUUAAUUUGAGAAAGAAUAAACACGAUGAACAGGAAAAAAUGUGCUGCUCAAAGUAUGUCACCACUUGGAGCUGUGCUCGUGGCCCCCGCCCGACACGCUUCUCCCCAAACCAGUGGUUUUUGCUUCCUGCUGAGUCUCCUGUGGACGGUCGGUCACUCAGACGGGCCAGGGGGUGACGGACACGGAGCCUGGCCUUACGUCUGUCCCGGUGACACGCUUCCUCAGGCCUGACGGUGUUCUCACCGUUUCCCUGGGCCGGAAACAUGAAGGUCAUUCCGGAUGGAAACCCUCUCCUCUGCCUUUGCACAACGUCGUGUUGAGGACUUUCUUUCCCAAAACAUGUACCUGCCCUGGUGGGGCCUCUCGUAGUCUUAGAAGCCCCAACGUCCCAAGGAGUCCGUUUCUGUUCUGGCCGAGGAGCCCAGAGCAGACGGGUCAGCUGCUCGCCUGGCAGCUGGAACAUGAAACCUUCAACCCACUGGCUCUGGUUCUGAGUGAUGGCCCCGGGACCCAUGCCCAGACGUCCACAUUGGGUUACAGCCUGUUCUAACUGGCAGAGUCUUGUGUGUGUCUAGGGUUGGCCCCCACCCCCACCCCCACCGUCUUCAUUGGAGGAGCUGCCACUGCGGACCUGCUGUCUGAGCUGUCUGAGCCUGCCCGGUGUUGUGGGCUCCAGCUGGGAGGGCUGGUCAGGGUUCCCCACACUGGGAGACGGGAAUUAACGAAAAUAACCCUCGACAUCAGAGCCAAGCCAUCUGUUUUCUGCCAAACGGAGCCGUGGAGAAGCCCAAGCCCAGGGUGUCCAGUGCUUUGUAUUUCGCCUGUUUGGGUUUUUACGGGACAAACAGAACAUGGUGGUUAAGGGGUCGAGUCACUGCCCCUCCUCCUGUGGUAACGUGUUCACCUGUGGUGCCCUUGUCCUCUGUCCACAUGAAGCUGCCGCCGCAGCCACAUCUGACUCUCAUUCUAAAAAUUAAAUAAAAGCCCCGCGUGUGCUCGC